AUGGAGACUCGCAGCAAUCUUUAUGGAGAUCUUUUAGAGCUGCAGCAGCAGCAGAGUGAAAACACGCCAGGGGUGUCGUUCUUCGGACCCAAUGCGACCAACAAAACCAGCAGCAACUUUCGGAGCAGACCUUCAGCAAAAAUGAAACAGUCUGCUGUGCCGGUGCAGGUAGCGUCCGGUUACACCUUUCAGCCUCAAGAGAAUCUAGGACAGCUGCAAGGCGGAAGGGCAACAUCGUCGCGUGUGGGGCAGCUUGCCGCAGGUGGUACUGUUGAUGAAGAACAUCAAAGUGCUCCCGUGGGAGGACCCUCUGCAAAGAUUGAGGAUUCCGUCGCACUCGACUCGUUUGGCUACCGAGCGUAUGAGCAGCGACAACUGACGAAGAAACGACAAAAGGAACAGGCUCUGGUGAGUGUUAAACUUCAGCAUGAUGAUUUUGAAGAGUUCGUGGCCACAAAGCAAAAAGAACAAGCCCAGGCGCAGGCACUAAAACAAGCCGAAGCUGCUGCUGCCCAGGGUCCUCAAGUGAAGACGAUGAAGAGUGCUAGAGCAGUUUCUACGCGAGGAUUUCCUUCCCAGCGUCCGCCGACCACAUUCACCAUGCCGAGCACGCAUCGAUCCACCAGGACGCGCGGGCGUAUGGUCAGGCAGCGCACCGGAAAGGCACCCUGCUGCCUGCGCGCCCCUUUCGCCCCAUGGCCCUUGCUAAUCCCCGACGUUGACGCCGACAACGAAGGUGUCACAAGCGGCGACGAAAAUGGUCGUGCCACGACUUCUCGGAAGACGACCUUUGGGCAAAGUCGAACGACUGGCUGCAUUUUGCACCGUGUGUACUGCCAGUGGAUCCCGUUUACCUUCGCACUCUUGAUUGUCGUCGCCACGAUUACUUGUUUGAUCGUAGCAGUCAACUUCGAGGACGGAGGCUUGAGCACGAAGAAGCUUAAAAACGGGACCAUCAUCACCCGCGACUGGCCGUUCUACCAAUACGCCGUCAGCCACUACCUCGACGACGGCUUCAACGUGGCGAUUCCCACCUUUUUCUGCUCCUCCGUCCUGAUGUUUUUCUUCAUGGUGGCCCGGCAUCCGGUCGCGGAUUGCUGCCUGCACCGGAGCGCUUCGGCGAAGCGACGGCAAACGUAUACGGAAACCGUAGCGCUCCUAAACGCAGAGAUGAACGACGAGCAUAUUUUUAACGUGGACCCCCGUCGGGGCUCGUUUGCCGCCGACCUGUUGCCGACGCCGCCAGGAGGAAAUAAAAUGGGGAAGUGCGCGAUUCACUGCGCGGCCUGCUGUGCAAAUUUCAGCUGCACGAAUUUGGUCUUUGUUAUUUUCGGCGCCAUAUCGGUGGUCGGUGUCGCCGGCGUGGCGCUCUUCACCAACGGCGUCUCGAGACGGGAGACUGCCAAGAAAUAUCUCCUGCGUCUCCCCCAACUCCAUCUUACCUUUGCGACGGUUUUUUUCAUCUCCAUCGCCAUUUACCAGACCCUGCACACGAUCUUCCUGAUCUUGGAUCUUUUUCAAACCUGUUACUGCUGCAAGGCCGUGUGCCCGCGAGGCUGCUGCGACGAUUACGAAAGCGAUGACGAGAGUGAUUCGGAGGACGCAGACGGCAUUCUGGAGAUGAUGGCGCAGCAAGCGGCCUCUACCCGCGGCGAGAGAAUUUCGCGGCAGCUGGAUGCGGUCGUGGGGUCGAAAGGGUACAACAGGGUCGAGCGCGCAGCGAUGGUCCCGAGAAACUUCUGUACCAUCACCGUUGCGAUAGUGUGUUUGUGCCUGAAUGUGCUGACGAUCACCCACUACCUCAUUUGGAAUUCUAACGGAAGUGGCGCAAAAAAAGAAUUCAACUACCACGAGUGGCUCGCCGUGUUUUACAUCUUUCUGUACUUUAUCGCCGUCGGCAUUCUCACCCUGCAGCACGGUAAAAGAACCGAGGCAGUGUCGUGCAGAUCUAAUUGCUGUCGCGCCGAUCGUGACAGGGUCUAGUUUUUGGUGGAUUAAAUUGAAAAGAGAUCAUGACGCGAUCGAUCAAGACAAGAUAGAGGAAAUGGGACGCUGCAGCCCUACUCUAUUUCUGUAACUUUCUGCGAGCACCCGCCAGCGUAAGUCAAGUAAAGCGUGCUACAUGCAGCUCGUCCUUGAUCCGUAUGUUGACUUACCUACGUUUUCUGGAUAUGAGUCCUGACAUGGCAUGCAUGAUUUUUGUUCUUCACAAGUAUGACCACGUAAGGAGGCGCAAUCAAUUCGAAUUGAGUUGCUUCCGGAAUUGGUGGAAUUGCAGUGGACAUUCACGUGAAAUAAGUUACCUUUUUUUCGUUUCAUAAUUUCCAUGCGAUGAGACUGGUGCAUUGCCAGCACUGGCAGCUUCUGACAUCAUCUAGUGAUUCUCAUUCCUGUUUUGGCGUUCUCAUGCUAAGCAUAUGGUUGCAGUGUUGUGCUGAACCAAAGGACAAAAAAGACUGAAACUACUGAGACAACACAAUCAUAUAACUGUCUCAGGACAGAGGUGAACCAGGACCACAAACUACCGCCUUGGACGCAUUCUGUUUGUCAGAAACGAGGAAGCGCGCUGGAUGAAAUCGGCGAAAAGAAAACAGAUAAAAAGAGGACAUGACUGUGGC